AUGACUUCGCCGAAAGACGACAUUUUUUCAGCUCGCCCCUUGACCGCCGCUGAAAUAGCUGCUCAGAAACGUAAAGGGUACAGUGAAGAAGCGUGGCGUCGAUACCAAGAAUAUCAGAAACAAUGGAAGAAAUUCCGUCAGACGCAGAAGACACCGGCUCCCGGAGCAUCAACAUCUGCAUCAACUUCAAAACAGUCAGGAGCAUCACCUGAAGGUGGAGGACAAGCAGGUACUGGACCAUCAACAAGAAGUCAAAUAGUCACUUCUGUUGCUUCUGGAAAAAUAUCUCCAUCUACUUUUUCGUGUAAAAUACAUCGAAAAGCGGAAGUUGCGUGA